GGUCAAGAUGGAUACCACAGAAGAACCUCAGAGAAAAGUCUUUAAGGCCCGAAAAACAAUGAGAGUAAGCGAUCGGCAACAACUUGAGGCUGUCUAUAAGGUCAAAGAGGAGCUAUUGAAGACAACUGACAUUAAACUGUUAAAUGGCAAACAUGAAAAUGGAGAUUCUGAUCUUAAUUCCCCUUUAAGCAACACAGAUUGCAUGGAGGACAAAAAAGAGGUUAAUGGUUUAGUGGAUAUAUGUCUUAACCCUGAAGAAGGAAGAACUGAAAGUGAGGAAAUCUCUGAUGUCAAAAGUCCUGAUGUCAGGGCAGAGAACAAAGAUGGUGACUUAGAUUGCAAACCUGAAGCAUUGUCUCCUGAGAACAUUAUUUCUGAACUAGAGGAGGACGACUCUAAUAUUGCUUCAAUCUCUGAGGGUGGAGAUCAGGUACUUGAUAACAAAAAAGAUGAUGACCUUCACGAAGAACAUAGAAUGAAAGAUAGUUUAGACCAAAGAGAGACAGAGCCCCCAUCUGAAGGUGAAAGCAAAGUAAGCUGUGAUGUUAAUCUCUCUUCAGAAGAGAAAGCAGAAACAAGUGAAUUAGCUGUUAGUUCUGAUCUACCUGUUGAAGAAGAAAAAAGUGCUGAAGAAGAGGUUAUUGAUGAAGAUACUGUUGGAGAAGAAGCUAUAUCUAGCAGUAUGGAAACCGACCAGGAACCAAAGGAUGAAGAAGACCAAUCUGCAGAACUUCCAGAAACUGCCAUUGAAAAGUCACUAGAAGAACCAAGCGAGAACAUCUUAGAAAACACAGAUUCUAUGGAGACGGAUGAAAUAAUUCCAAUUUUGGAAAAGCUGGCCCCAGCUGAAGAUGAACUAUGUUGUUUUUCUAAAACUUCCCUGCUUCCAGUGGAUGACACAAGCCCAGAUUUGGAAGAUAAAAUGGAGAACUCUUUGGGUUCACCAUCCAAACACGAAAUCAGUGAAAGUUUGCCCAAAGAAGCUUUCUUAGUACUUUCUGAUGAAGAGGAGCCAUGUGGUGAGAAAGAGGAGGAUGCUGAAGUGGUAAUACCAAACAAGACAAGUUCUCCAGAAGAGGUGGAAGAGGAGGAAAAAGAAAGCAAGGAACAGGAUAAAGAGAGAGAAAAGGAAGAGCACAAAGAAGAAGAGAGACAUCCAGAGAGAAGUGAAGUGUCAAGAAGGAAGCGUUCCAAAUCAGAGGAUAUGGACAACGUACAUUCUAAACGUCGUCGGUACAUGGGAGAAGAGUAUGAAGCAGAGCUCCAAGUAAAAAUUACAGCCAGAGGGGAUAUUAACCAGAAGUUGCAAAAGGUUGUCCAAAGGUUGUUAGAGGAGAAACUCAGUGCCCUGCAAUGUGCUGUAUUUGACAAGACUUUGGCAGAUCUGAAAACACGAGUAGAGAAGAUAGAAUGUAGCAAGAGGCAUAAAACUGUGCUUACUGAACUACAGGCUAAAAUUGCUAGAUUGACAAAACGUUUUGGAGCAGCCAAGGAGGAUCUGAAGAAAAAACAGGAAAAUCCACCAAACCCACCUCUGUCUCCAGGGAAAGCAGUGAGUGAUACAGGCAGCAUCAGCAACCUAACCUAUCGAAAUGCCAGCACAGUGAGACAGAUGCUGGAGUCCAAGAGAAACACAGGAGAGAGCACAUCAGCACCUUUUCAGCCCCCCAUAAAUGCAGUAUCUGCUCCCAGUCUUGCUGCUCCUCAGACAGUGGUCAGUGGACAGCCCAAACCUCAGACUCCUGUGACCUCCAGCUCCUUGACGACAUCAGUUCUCCCUACAGCCAACACAGCUACAGUAGUUGGCACCACACAGAUGCCCAGUAGCAACACUCAGCCCAUGUCUGUCUCACUGCAGUCUUUGCCAGUAAUUUUGCAUGUUCCGGUUGCAGUAUCCUCCCAGCCUCAGCUCCUGCAAGGCCACGCAGGGACUUUGGUCACCAACCAGCAGUCAGGCAAUGUUGAAUUUAUAUCUGUGCAAAGCCCAUCUACUGUUGGUAGCCUUGCCAAAACUCCAGUGUCUCUGGCAUCUUCUAACCCAGCUAAACCAAAUAACAGCCCUUCUGUGCCCAGCCCUGGCAUUCAGAGGAACUCUCCGGCCAGUGCUGGGCCGAUAGGGACAACACUGGCAGUACAGGCUGUUUCUACAGCACAUCCUGUUGCCCAAGCCACAAGGACUACUUUGACCACAGUGGCUACUUCAGGACUGUAUAAUCCUACCAGCAAUCGGGGUCCCAUACAGAUGAAGAUCCCACUCUCUGCAUUCAGUAGUCCAGCUCCCACCGAACCAAGCACCAUCACAGCACCUCGAGUUGAGAACCAGACAAACAGACCACCAACUGAUGCUUCAACAAAUAAGAGACCAACUGAGAGCACAGCACAGAGUGGGAAGGUCACAGGCAGUGACUCAGGAGGUGUCAUUGAUCUCACCCUGGAUGAUGAAGAUGAUGGCUCUUCCCAAGCAGAUUCCAAGAAGCAAAAUCAGUCGGGUGUAUCUGGAAUGAGUCUAUCCUCCCAGCCCUUGGUUCGCCCACUGCAGCCUUUACAGGCGACUCCUCUGCAGCAGACAGGUGUGCCAACAAGUGGGCCUUCCCAGACUACCAUACACGUACUACCUACAGCUCAGACAACAGUGAAUGUAACGCAUCGUCCAGUGACUCAGAGUGCUGCUAGGCUUCCCAUACCGAGAGCCCCUGCUAAUCACCAAGUGGUCUAUACUACCCUUCCUGCACCACCAGCUCAGAAUCCAGUGAGAGGUGCCGUCAUGCAGAGCCCUGGUUUAAGGCAGGUCAGCCCACAGAGUGCAGGUUUGACAGUGCGAAUGCCUCAGACAACUGCCUAUGUUGUGAACAAUGGGCUAACCCUUGGAUCUGGAGGCCCUCAACUCACGGUGCAUCACCGGCCACCACAGGUGCAUGCUGAGCCGCCACGUCCUGUGCACCCAGCACCACUGCCAGAGGCCCCACAACCACCACGCCUGCCCCCUGAAGCUGCCAGCACCUCCGUGCCUCAGAAGCCACAGCUGAAGCUGGCACGAGUGCAGAGCCAGAAUGGUAUUGUACUGUCAUGGAGUGUCAUGGAAGUGGAUCGGAGCUGUGCCAGCGUGGACAGUUACCAUCUGUAUGCUUACCAUGAGGACCCGAGUGCCACCAUGCCUUCCCAGUGGAAGAAGAUUGGGGAGGUAAAGGCCCUCCCGCUGCCUAUGGCAUGCACUCUCACACAGUUUGUAUCUGGCAGCAAAUAUUACUUUGCAGUUAGGGCUAAGGAUAUUUAUGGACGCUUUGGACCUUUCUGUGACCCCCAGUCCACAGAUGUGAUCUCUUCCCAGAGCAGUUAAACCAGAGACCUUUGGAGCCAUUAAAACUUUCCCACUAUCAAGAGUGACUCCAGUUUGGGAUUUUAAUCCCAUACAUGAAAUUCACUGUUCAGUUCACUCUCUUUAGGAUUAUUUUGGACAGCCCUGUGUGAUACACUACAUCUAUUGAGAACCCAAAGCAAAAUUUAAUUCUCAGCCUGCAGCAAGAGAACUUAUUUUUUUGGACAGCUCAAGCCUUGGGAAUUUGAAAUCUAAUUGCUCCUCUUCCCUUAUGGCUGCUCCUUUCAGAGAUACCUACGGUUUAUCCAAGGGGAUUCUGGACAACUGGGAUUCUGCUUCAGAUUGGGAACAGGAUCAUACAUUGCACAGUUUGCCCGAAGCAAACACAACACGUCUAUGAUGUGCUGAACAGUUACAAUGGCGCUAACAUGAGGACAGGAACAGACUCACUUGCUCCCUACAACUCAGUAAGAAGGUUGUGAGAGGAAAGGAUUCUGAGUCUGACUUCUUUUGAACUGGAAGAUUGAGUAGUUUGGUUUCAUCUUAUAAACAAGUCCACUCUCCAGAAGGAAAGAAAUCUUGAGUCUGUCCAGUGCAGGAGGGGUGUGUAUAAAUCUGGAGGUGGUGCAAGAAAACCCCCACUACUCUCCACUCCUCACAUCCCGGUUAGAAUCUGGGAGUAUUAUCAAAUCAGGUCUGAAACUGGUUUGUAGAGACUUCAUUCACGUUUUCUCUUUGUAGCUCAGAUAAUUCUCUGCCCCCUCCUCAUACUUCCAGCCCUGUUUUUUUAAAUUUAUUUUGUGCCUUAAAGAGUAAUUUCAGAAAUAAAUGUAGCCAGGUCUCUGUUGUGUUGGUUAGGUGUGGUAUUUUUUUUUCUUCACCCUUUUAGCCUCCUGUUGCUGCUGCUCCUCUUCCUGGCCCCAAUACAAUUGCUCUAUUCUGACAGUCCCCAGAAAGUCUAGCACUGGUAUCUCUGGGUUAAUUCCCCCCUGUGAUAUCAUUCAACGCAACAGGCAGUUCUUGAGUGGCUGGUUUUGUCCCGUGAAGAUGGUUAGUAGGUUAUACAGACAGUAUUCUGCAUCAGCACCCUUCGCUGUUCUCCUGGGAAGGCUGCAUGCUAGAUUGGCCAAAGGAAAUCUGUGUGGCACUGAAAGUCUUCCAUUUCAUCCCACAUGCUUUGGAUGCUGUAUUAAUACAAAAAGAUAUCAAGAUAAUGUUGGUUCCCCAUCUCUUCUCCCAGCCCCUAGUCCGUCUCCACUGGAUAGACAACCAAAUCCAGAACACAGUUUUGGAAAACUUUUAUUUCACCCAUUGGCCCAAAAGUUGUAGAGCAAUUGCAGACUUCAGUAGGGCCUUUCACGAUGCUUAUGAAUUGAACCAAAAGGAAAGCUGCUUUUCCACCCUGCAUUUAUUGUGGCUUGAUUUGAAAAGACCCACCGACCUACACACACGUGGCAGGUAAGAUUCUACCUUGCCAUCUUUCGGAAGAAUAGAGCUGGUUUGUCGUCUUUCCUGCCCAGCAGAGUCAAACAACUUCAUGGGCAGGGAAAGGAGCCAUCCUUUACCCAUUUCACUGCCUUGCCUAGCCACAGUAGAAGCCGUUUUGCUCUCUUGUCCCUUGAAACUACUGGAUUUUGAACUAUAAAAUGAGGUUGGAAAGUCUAAAUGCCAGAAUACGCUAAUAAAAUGUGUUUUGGGAGUGUGGGUUCUUUAUUUUGUUCCUCUAAAGAACUUGUGUCAGUAAAAUAACACUGUAUUGUAAAGCCCCCUAUGGGGCCCCCAUCUUUUGUAUGUAACAUUUAUGCUCUCGCAUGCCCAUCACUCCUUCCUAUUGCUGGGAUUUUCAUUCCUCUCAGAUGAACAAGAAGCAGUCUCUCUUGUGGAACUCCUUGUUUUAUCUUUCGUGUUAGCAGCUGUAGUCAGGAAUAUUGCUGGUCUCCAUGAAUAAAUGUUUAGGAAUUCAGGUAUCCCAAGAGAAGGUUCACACCUGUUCAUUUUUUCCACAGUAUUUAACCCUCCACUGAACAACAGCCACCUCCAUUUCCCUGGUGCAAAUAAUCAAUAAUGCUUUGAAAUUUUCCGGAUUUUAUCCACUGUUCUGUCUGCCACCUUCAAGGAUAAGACCUGCUUAAUUGUAUGUUUUAGGCUAUUUAUAUAAAGUUAAUGCAGCCAACUGUCUUUUUACAGUGACUAUCUUAGGGCCAUUUAGACAUAUUUAGUUCUCCUUAGACUACUUUUAAUAAGCUGUCUGGAGCAGUACCAAAGGAAGAUGGAGGACAUUUCAGUGCAAAGAGAGAUUGUUGUUCAAAAGCGGGCAGGAGGGGACCCACACCCUAGGGAUGGGUGCUGCUUGUUUAACAUCCUCUCCAUUGUGACUCCAGUCCACACCAUUCACAUGUGAGCAUGUCUGUAAUAUGUGUUUUGCUCUCAUUCAGUUCUUGACUGUUAUUGGCCCUGUCUUGCUGGAGAGAGGUCCCCUUGGCUAACUUUCCAUUCCUUUCAUCUGAUGGAAAUGGUGGUUAUCAGGAAUGUCCUAGCAUUGUGUUUGUUGGAGAUUUUGUGCAACCUGUUUUUAGUUGGACUGUGUGCUUAAACAAAGGACAGGGCCAGUGCAACCAUUUAGGCAAACUAGGCGGCUGCCUAGGGUGCCUAGUGGUUGGGGGCACCUAAAAGCCCCCUCAGGUGAGGAGGUAGAGUGGAGGUGAGCUGGAGCAGGGAGGGCCACCUGCAGUAAUGAGGGGGGCAGGGGCACACAGGGAAACCGCUGUCUGCCCCAGAUCACCUCCACUCUGCCUCCUCCACUGAGCACACACCCCCACGCUCUAAGUCUCCUCUAAUCGGUGCCGCAAGCCUGGGCGGGGAGGAGAAUUAAAGCGGUGCUGGCGUGCUCAGCGGAGGAGGCAGAGCUGAGGUGAGCUGGGGCGGGUUCCCCAGGCAGGAUUAGCUGGCGCGGGGGCUCCCCAGGGGGGUUAGCUGCCAUGUGGGGGGGGGUUCCUCCCCGGGCAAGGUUAGCUGCCGUGGAAGCGGGCUCUCCCCGUGCGGGGUUAGCUGCCACGGAGGGGAGGUAGCCGCUGGGGGGCGGGCUCCCUGGUUAGGGGGCUGGGUUAGCUGCCAUGGGGGGGCAGGGUUAGCUGGAUGUGGGGAUGGCACAAAGUGGAAGUUUUGCCUAGGGCACUGAACUUCCUUGCACUGGCUCUGACAAAGGAAGAUGGAAAUGCAGCCAAGAAUAAUUCUUUAAAUCUCAAGCUGAGUCAGUGGCCCUGAAGGGAACUGUGGGAAGCAGAGGAACUGGGUGAAUUGGCUUUAUUUACAAAAUAGUAAGAUGUGAUUCGAGUCUGAAAAGUGACUGUAAUAAGUGGCCUGCUCAGCAGAUCUGCUCCCACUCUGUGUAGUAGUCAUUGAUGUGUUUUAGCCAUAUGGGUGACUAAAAGGUUUCCGCUUAUUCUGUGGAGUAAACACAACUAUGGGAGAAUGAUUCUGCUUCACCCAAAGAGACGUUAAUAAAUUGCAAGUGCUGAAUCUUUAGUUGGUGGUGACAAUGUGUGAAUCAUCAGGAACAUAGUUUGAUUUUGAUACCUGACUAUGUUUGGAGGCUUCCAAGUUAGCUGAUCUGGAAAUCAGAGACAGUAAAUAGGAGACCUCAUUAUGCCAUUUUACAGUGUCACUUUCAAAACAGAAUUGUUCUCUGCAAUGGUCAUUAUCUCUGUUGUUAGCCAAUAGGAGCUGUGCUGAGCUCCUCAGCUGGAAGUCACGCUUUGGCCCCCUACAUUACCCUGUUGUGGCUACUUCUGUUUCUUUUUUGUUUUAGACUUGUUAGCCCAUAGAAGCAAUAAAACUGUUUUAAAAACUUCUGCUUGUAACAGACAUUCUGGAAUAACUGGUUACACUGCAAAAUACCUUCUUUCAGAGUAUUACAAAAAAUAUUUGCUAGACUGCUUAGUACAGGACUGUAAAUGAAGUGCAUUUUUAGGAUGGAGCUCUCUGUGGAAGUGUUUGUCCCUGUUAGGAUUGUUGGAAGCCUCAACACUUGUUUUGUUUUUAAAUGUACUAAAAUAUCUAAGUGACAUUAAGGGGCAGGGCUGUUUUUAAUCUCUGUUUUGCACUUUGUCAGAGGUUCUUCCCCCCCCCCCCCCCACCCAUGUUCUCAGUACUAUAGUGUGUGACUGCUCCUUGCUUACGGUUUUUGCUCUUGCCAUUGUGUAUAUAACAAUACAAAGAUGGAGCUUGUUCUCCAAGUUUUUAAGAAAUACAGUACUGUAUCUUUAGCUCUGUUUUUCCCACCUUCAUUUCUGACAUGUUCUUUUCUUUUAUGUAGUUCUUGGGAUCUGAUUUCCAGAUUAUGAGUAGUGUAAUUUAAUUCAGUUUCUUGCUGGGAGAGAAAUGAGAUUGGUUUCCUUUCUGUACACAAGUGGGUGCUGUUAGCAAAAUGCUGUUAAUUUCCAUUGAAUUUCCCUCUGCCACAGCCCCACUGACCUGCCUGUCCCCCACUUCAUUUCUCAGCUUAUGUUGAGAAAGCUCUAUCAAAUUCAGGCAACUAAGACCUAAAACGUGUUGAUUUGUAAUCUGCAGGCACAAUGUGUGUCUGCAUCAUUGUACCUGCACCAGCAGCCUGUGGAAAUUGCAGGGUACAAUAGCUAUACAAUUCUCUUUACGCCUGUAGUCAAGCAUGUGUUAAAUAUUUUUAAAUGCUCUGACCAGCUUCCCCUGAAUAGCAAUUGAUAUUAAAAACCUGCUACACCAAACUAUUUACACCACCAUCCAUGUCUGAGUGAGUUUUAGAGAUUAUCUAGCACUCGCACUGAGACAGUUGCCCAUCCUGACGUGAAUUUUUAGCAUGGGGUGGGAAGGUGGCAAUACAUGUGCUGUCUUCACCUUACACACAAAGGGUCUGAUCCUGCAUCCUGUGAAAACAACAGCAAAACUUCAUGGGGAGCAAGAUUGGGCCCAAUAAUUCGAGAAUUGCUAGGAUCUGAGCACAGUACCGUACUGUAACAAACCUGGUCAGUUCUCUUACGCUGUUUGCCUAAAGUGUCUAAUGAACCAGAAAUCAUAUUACAUGAAAUGACAGGCCAAAAGUCCAUAGUUUGGUUCUCGUUCCCUGAAGAGCAGUGUCCCAGUAUUAGAGUACUGCAAACACUGUAUAAAACUAAGCUGUGAUUCCGCCUUCUUACAACCUUUGUAGUAUUUUCAUUUAGUCAACAACAAAAUCUAUCCAGAUUUUUAAGAUAAAAGGCUUGAUAUAUUAAAUAUAUAUUUUUUUAAUUUGGCUUUUCUUUUUGGGUAGGGGUGGGCACCAAGUACAAAAGUAUUGGCAGUUCGGAGGAGUUCAAGCUAGGCUGCUAGUCUAACCAGUCCUGCAACCAAGAUCCCCUUCAACCAGCUUCUGGGGGGGAGCAUGAAACAUAGGAAUAGAUGGAGAAUGCAAAUGAAUCUUUUUUUUUUUUUUAAUUUUUCAUCUUCAGAUCUAAUCAAUCUUAUUAAAACUGAUUUUGUUUCUCAUUUUAUUGUGCAGCCUGAGCAUUCUUUUUUAAAAAAAUAUUUAAAGAGCUGUCUGGAUUUAAUGGGUUAUAUCUGUAAAUACGGUAACUGCGUAGGCAUCUGGGGGUCUAGUUUGGCUUUAGUAAUUUAUCAGCCAUUAAAAUACACAUGUACAAUAUCCUUUGUAGGAGACUCGCAACAUGAUUUUUCUUUUGCAGCUGAACAUGUAAAUAAAGAUAAUGUAGGACCUAUCUAAUGUCCAAUUUAAACUGGGCACUUGCAAGCUGUCCCCAUUUUUUGUAUGUAUUGUAGAUUAGUGUGUGUAUAAGUGUUACCCGUAAUGGGGUUUUGUCCAAAAAGCCUGAAAUUUAUACUUUGAAAUAAACUACUGGGUUUUUAA